CAAACUUAGUUGGUCUCUAAGGUGCUGCUGGAAGGAUUUUUUUUUAUUUUGUUUCGACUAUCUGUAAUCAGAAAAUUAGAAUAUUAAAUGAAAUCAAUAAAACAAGGAUUGCAAAUAGAACAAUAUUGGACCUCUGAAAAGCAGAAGCAUGCACAUGUACUCAGUACUUGGUUUGGGCCCCUUUUGCAGCAAUUACUGCCUCAAUGUGGCGUGGCCUGGAUGCUAUCAGCCUGUGCCACUGCUGAGGUGUUAUGGAAGACAAGGAUGCUUCAAUGGCGGUCUUCAGCUCUUCUGCAUUGCUCCAUCUCAUGUCUCUCAUCUUUCUCUUGGCAAUGCCCCAUAGAUUCUCUAUGGGGUUCAGGUCAGGCGAGUUCGCUGGCCAAUCAAGCACAGUAAUCCCAUGGGCAUUGAACCAGGUCUUGGUACAGUACUUUUGGCAGUGUGGGCAGGUGCCAUGUCCUGCUGGAAAAUGAAGUCAGCAUCCCCAUAAAGCUCGUCUGUGGAAGGAAGCAUGAAGUGCUCCAAAAUCUCCUGGUAGACGGCUGCGUUGACCCUGGACUUAAUGAAGCACAGUGGACCAACACCAGCAGAUGACAUGGCUCCCCAAAUCAACUGCUACUUCCAAUGGAAAGGGGGGGGGGAAGAGGUCAGGAAAUUCAAUCUGUUUCCUGCUUUGAACCUUCAGCCUCAAGCAAAUAAGCACGAGAGCCGGCUCUCUGCGGAGAAUGACCGGCCUGUUAGUCUCAAACAUCUGGAGGCGGGCUGCUCCCAUCCCGGGGACGGGGAGGAGCAAAGGAAAGAGCUGCGGCAGAAGUUGCCUCUUAUCGGCGUAUCUGCAGCUUGUUUGCCUGCUGCUUUGCAGCUUGUUUGCCUGCCGGAGAAGCAUCACGUGGGCGCGAUCAUUAUCUGCCUCCUGCUUCAUCAUGCUUUUGUGUGCAUGAUGAACCUGGUUCAAACCAUGGCAUCUCCAGUUAAAAAGACUUACGGGAAAGACCUUGGUGAGCUGCUGCCAGUCAGAUCCUGCAGAACUGGAGUUUAAGGACCAAAGGCAACAUAGAAUCUUCUACAGUCAAAGGUUGAGAGUUGUUGUACUCAGCAUGGACAGAUCCCAACAUGGCAGAAGAUACCACAGAUAGAGCCACUGUCAACAGUGAACUGAUGACUCCUGGGAUACCUGCUGCAAGGGAAGCAGGGAAUGCUGUUUUCAUCCCAAAGUGCAUUAAAGACAAAAAAUAUACAUUAGCAGCUGUUGCCAUCAUCACAGCUUUGGUCAUCACUAUAAUCGCAUUGGCUGUUAAAAAACCACAGCCCUGCCCGCUGUGUCCUCCCCCUGCCGAUGCCGCCUGCCCAGAUCGCUGGGUUGGCUACCUAGGAAAAUGCUAUUACACCUCAGAAGACAAAAGGAAUUGGAGCGACAGUGAAUCUAGAUGUUUCUUCCUUGGUGCCUCUUUGGCUGUGAUUGAUACCGAGCCGGAUCUGGAUUUUUUGUGGAAGUUUACUCGUCCUUCUCAUUAUUGGAUUGGUCUUUCAAGAGAAGCAGGUCAGCCCUGGAAGUGGCCCAAUGGGACAGAGUUUGGAAACCAAUUUACAGUGCGAGGAGAAGGCUUUUGUGCUUACUUUAAUGACAAUGGGGUCAGCAGCACCAAAUGCGCUGUGGUGAAGAAUUUCCUCUGCAGCCUGGCGGAUGCUUGCGCCAAGAGGAAACAAAACAUCAGCCAAAGGGAUACCUUGUGAUCCUUAUGCGUGUAAGGCGAGCACUGUCGGCUCUUUAGAGAUGCAAGUGUCACUGGUAGAACCACUCUUUCUGCAGCUUGUUCCAGAUAUAAUGCUGCUUUUUGGUCAUUGGCCUAUAAGAGAAAUAGAUCAAAAAUAGCGGUGACUGUCUUAUCACGGCAUCAACUCACAAGAUGGCCUCAGAUUACCAUUGCCUUAUCAGCCACGGGCUGUUGGACUCCCAGCAGCCUCAGCAAGCAUGACAAGUGGCAUGGGAUUAUGGGAGUUGUAGUCCAAAACACCUGGAACUUCUUCAGAGGCCUGAAAGGCACACUUCCUAAGUCAAUCACCAGCUGAGAAGCUGCCC